GUCAGCUCCGGAGCGGCUCCCUGCAUCUUCACCAGCUCCCUGCCGUGGUCCAGCUCCGCUUUCAUCGGCUUUUACACUUGGCACAUAUAGCAUGGAUACGAUUUAACGCGCGCUACCGAGCGGUCAGUUGUUUCACUCGCCAAAAAUUAAACAAAACAACACAUUCUCGUAAAGCUCGUCCGGCUAAAGUGAGAAUAAUGAUGGAGUAUUGGAGGCAAUGCGCGCUGUGGUUAAUUAACUGCAAGGUGCUUGCAGCUAACCACCGCGUUACAUGGGAGUCUGCACAGGUAUUUGACUUGGCCCAAACCCUCCGGGAUGGAGUCCUCCUCUGCCAUCUGCUCAACAACCUGAGACCCCAGUCCAUCAACCUGAAGGAAAUCAACCUCCGACCGCAAAUGUCACAGUUCCUGUGCCUGAAGAACAUCAGGACUUUCCUGGCAGCGUGCAGCGAGACGUUCGGCAUCAAGAAGAGCGAGCUGUUCGAGGCGUUUGACCUUUUUGACGUCAGGGACUUUGGAAAGGUGAUGGAUGCUCUAUCCAAACUGUCCCACACAGUGAUCGCACAGCAGACUGGAAUCAGGCCAUUUCCAUCUGAGGAGAGUGUUGAAGAUGAAGAUAUCUACAACCACCUGGAGGACCUUAUAGAUGAGAAGGGGGUGGAGGAUGAGGAGGAUCUGUAUGACUGCGUGUAUGACGAUGAAGAUGGAGGAGAGAUCUAUGAGGACCUGAUGAAGACAGAAGCCAUCCCUCCUCCGGCGUUCCAGAAGCAGGCAGAGACUGACAUCAGGAGCUGCUGUUUAACAGAGAUCAAGCAGACGGAGGAGAAAUACACUGAGACCCUGGAGUCUAUAGAGAAGCACUUUAUGACGCCCCUCACCAUGUUUUUAUCCAUGGCCGAGAUGGAAAAGAUGUUUGUGAAUAUCCCGGAACUGGUUAAAGUUCACAAAUGUUUACUGCUGGAAAUCCAAGACUCAGUCCACCACAGAAGUGCCCAGAACCUUUACCAGAUCUUCAUCACUUUCAAAGAGAGGUUGUUGAUCUAUGGGAAAUACUGCAGCCAUGUGGAAACAGCCAUCGCCACCCUCGACUACAUCUGCAAAGACAGAGAGGACGUACGCAUGAAGCUCGAGGAAUGUUCAAAGAGAGCUAACUACGGCAAAUUCACACUGAGGGAUCUGCUAGUGGUUCCUAUGCAGCGAGUCUUGAAGUAUCACCUCCUCCUGCAGGAGCUGGUGAAACACACUCAUGACGCCACCGACAAGAGUAAUCUGCGGAUGGCAUUGGACGCCAUGAAGGACUUGGCUCAGUACGUUAAUGAAGUCAAGAGGGACAAUGAGACGUUGCGAGAAAUAGAUCAGUAUCAGAAAUCCAUCGAAAACCUGAAUCAGCCUCUGAGUAACUACGGGAGACCCAAAGGUGACGGGGAGGUACGGGUGGCCUCGGUGGACAAACGAGCCAAACAGGACAGGCACAUCUUCCUUUUCGAUGCAGCGGUGAUCGUGUGCAAGCGUCGAGGAGACAACUAUGAGAUGAAAGAAGUGAUCGACCUGCACCUCUUCAAGAUCACCAACAACCCCACGUCGGACAAGGAGAACCGAAAGUGGUCCUACGGAUUCUACCUCACUCACAACCAGGGCCAGAGCGGCUUUGAAUUCUUCUUCAAGACCAAAGAGCUGAAAAAGAAGUGGCUGGAGCAGUUUGGCAUGGCCAUAUCCAACAUUCGUCCUGAGAACGCCACCCACAACUUCCACGAGUUUCAUAUGCACACCUUUGAAAGGAUCACCUCCUGCAACUCUUGCCACAUGCUGCUGAGGGGCAUCUUUAACCAAGGCUACCUGUGCUCAAAGUGUGGUUUAGGUGCCCAUAAAGAAUGCCUCGCCCGCUUCGGCUGCUGCGGAAAAUCAGAUCCCGGCUCCGUCAGAACUCAGGGCAAAGAUCGAGAUCCAGGUCUGCCCAAGAUGCUGGUGAUCAGGAACUACUUUGGCGUGCCGAGCCCUACGUCUGGUCCAGCACUCAGCAUCCAGACGGGUGACAUCAUCGAAUUAAUCUGCGCCGACCUUCACAGCCCCUGGUGGCAGGGCAAAAUCCUGUCGACGAAAGAGGUUGGCUUCUUUCCAAGCGACGCUGUGAAGCCCUGCCCAUGUGUCCCGAAGCCCGUGGAUUACUCCACUCAACCUUGGUUUGCAGGGCCCAUGGAGAGGCUGCAGGCAGAGGCAGAACUCAUCAACAGGGUCAACAGCACCUACCUGGUCCGCCAUCGCAGCAGAGAGUACACGGAGUACGCCAUCAGUAUAAAGUACAACAACGACGUGAAGCACAUAAAGAUCCUGACCAAGGAGGGCUGCUUCCACAUCGCCGAGAACAAGAAGUUCAGGAGCAUAUUAGAGUUGAUCGAGUACUACAAGCACCACUCCCUGAGAGAAGGUUUUAGGAGUCUGGACACCACGCUGCAGUUUCCUUACAGGGAACCAGAGAAUGCGUCUGUGCACCGCCUCAACCGGUCGGGUAGCAACAUGCUGACUCCAAAAGUGAUUGGCGUGGCGAUAGCGCGGUACGACUUCAGCUCACGUGACACCCGGGAGCUGUCCCUGCAGGAGGGUGACGUGGUGAAGAUCUACACAAAGUCAGGAGCCAACGGCUGGUGGAGGGGCGAGGUCAAUGGCAGGGUCGGCUGGUUCCCGUCCACAUACGUAGAGGAGAGUGAGGAGUGAAAGGCCCGACGUGGGAAGAAGAGUACGAUAAAGGAAGAGCGGCAGCAGUGGAGUAAAAGCAAACUGAGCACACAAACCGUAACAAAGACAGUGAGCUUCUGCAGCGCUGCUUGCUCCAGCGUUACUUUUCAGAGCAAAGCAGACGGCGUCACUCUGCUCGAUGGAGUCCUGUGGCCUCCAGCCGUCCCGGAGGUCUUCGGGGGAGAAAAGGGCUGCAGUGCGCUGCACAUGCAGAGAUGGCCCCAUCAUAUCUGGUUGACUCUGUGUGGCUAAGUGACUCCACCAACUAGCAGCUUGCCUGUCAGCGGGGGCACAGGCCCUCGCCAGACGCCCCCUCCUCCCUCCCCAGCUCGGCCCGUCCAUCCAUAAUUCACCCUUCUUUCCUCUCUCUCCCAGCCAGCCGCAGCCCCCAACUCCCACCUGUUCCUGCUUGCCAAGUCGGCCGUCGCCAAUCUGUCAAAAGUAGUACUCAAAUGCCACUGUUCCAUUCAUGCGCUCAUCCAUCCAUCCAUCCAUCCAUGCAUCCAUCCUCACUCCCAGCCCCCUGUGGGAAUAGAGUCAUCGGAGCUGGAAAAGACCCGCACUGUAAAGUUUUCUCUUCCCUUUCAUCCCCUUCUCACUCAGCCAGUCAGGAUUUCAGUCAGCCUUGACCUUCCCUCUUUCUUCCACUAAUGCAGGUGGUUAUUGAUGACUUGAUGACCCAGAUUCACACACACACACACACACACCACCCACCUCUCCUCCCCUUCAGAUUAUGAUCACACACACUCUUACAAGAGAUGUAAGAGCGGGAUGGCGUCGGAUAGCAUCGCUGCACAGUGCCAGCAAUUGAUCGCUGCUGUUCCUAUUUUCCUUCCACCUCCUACAUUCUUUAUCUCCAGCCCAGCCUCUCAUGUUUUUGGUUGUCUUGGCCGUUAGCGAUCCUCUGCUCUUAUCGGUGGCAGCUCUGUCGACAGGAGCACAUUCGCAGAGGGUUUAUCUUAUUGGAGGCAUUAGCGGCGUGUCGGGGAACAAGCCACACUACCUGGAAGCCUCUGUCCCCUUAACAGAAGAAAGAAAAGCAGAUGAAACACAAAUGCAGCCCAGCUUGGUUUCUUUUCCUCCCAAUUAUCCAUCUCCUUUUCUUUGCUUUUUCCAGCAUUAUCUACAGAUGCAGUUUGAUUGAUUGCAUUCUUACAAAUCUGAGCAAUGCAUCUGCCGACAUUGGAACUUUUGCAACAUUUUCAUCAGAUGAUGCAUCAAGAUGUUUCAUCAUCUUCUUCCUACAUAGUAGCAGAUACUUAGUGGCUUCUACUACAACUGCUAUUUUUGAGGUUUUUCUGCACAACGAUGCAGUUUGUGCAAAAACACCAAACACUUGUAAUUUAGGGGAUUUGUUUUGGCAAGAAAAACAUCACAUUGAAAAAGGUAUUUAUGUAGAAACGCUUCAAUCCAAAAGAGCUGAUAUCAGCUUUCAGAAACAUUUCCCCGCUGCUUACACCUUCCUGCUAACCGUCCUCGCUCUCACCCCUUCGCCUUUUCUGUGUCCCACCCUCACCCCUGUAUACAUUAUGCACUCUGUCUCCUUAAUCCACAGUGAAAGAGGAUUUUCCCACAUUUGAGGGAAUAAAUACCUUUACAGCUAAACAGCACACACCACUUCAGCACACAGUCACAGACGGAAUAAGACGGCAGCGUACACAGAUCCAAAAAUAAUGAUCAACUUGUGUCUGGAGGUGAGGCCAAAAACUCCCCAGCAGUUGGCUUCGUGCAGCGAUGUUUUAAUCUCAGCCAGUGUCGACUCUCUCCUUUCUACACGAACUUUCUUUGGCUGUAAAACUACAAACCAUCCCUCUUUGUAGAAAAUAUGUACAUAUUGACAUUUUUAUUUAAUUCACGGUUGGUCAGCUCUCGGGGCUUGCCGAUCGCCCAAUCACACAGCUGCGCAUGUCAUACGUGUAUCUCUACAGAGAACAUCGUGUUGAACUAGUCCUUUACUUCCUUCUCUUUGAAGUUGUUCUUUGGCUAUACUUCCUCCUCACUCCUCAAAUACUUUCACACACUUACACAUGCCCACGCUUGACAUUUUAUAAAGCAUCCAUCUCUUUUCUGUUAAGGGGAACUAUUUAUGUAACGUGAUGUACAUAAAAUGCAAUAUCGGUCACUGAAACGCCUGUAGAGGCAGCAUUCUCCAGUUGGCACUUCAAGUGAAAAACAUGGUGGGAUACUGAAUCAGACAUGAAGUCAGAACUUGCGGAGCUGAUAUCCAAGUGUAAGCACUUGAUGUGGCUAACUGGUGGAUUGUGCCUCCGGUGGCAGCACUCUGGGCAUUGCUUCCUUUCAGCGCUGUCACCCCCCCUGUCUUGUCUUCAUUGUGUCGAAGCCAUUGGGUAUUGUGUCAGAAAUCUAUUUUGUGAAUCUAAGUAAGAAUUUAUUGUAAUGAUAUGCUCUUGUAUGCGCUUAAUGGAGCCAUUAUGUUUGAACAUCGCUAACAGCCCGCUGCCAGCCCUGCCACUCCACGCCAUUAUCAUACGUAUGACAAAAGAGUUCUGUUCUCAGUGGCCUUGUUUAACUACUGGACUGAAGAGACGCGUCAAAAGGCUCAUGUUAAUGUGUUUUUGUCCGACAUCUCCCUUUCUUCCAACUUAGUGUUAUCAGCAGUGACCACUAGAUGGAAGCAUCCCAAACACAUCUCCCCCUCUCCGAGCAGUCACCUUCAACUUGCUAAAGUUUGGAGAUGACAUCAUCUGAUCAGAAGACGAACAAUAGUCAGGGAGGCAAUUAGCAUCACCCUCAGACUUGUUGCAGGGAGUGAGAGGGAAAGGCGACGCCUUCCAGGCAAAAGCAAACGAUCAAAACAGACAAGAUGAAGGUUUUUGAGAGAAGCAAACAGGCGGGUAGACUGCAAACUGAACAAUGCAUUUAAAAUGACAGUGUUUGUAAAAGAAGCUGUAUGUUAAAGUUUCUUUACUCCAGGAACUUCAUGUCCAGUAGGAACCCUGAGGAUGAUGCUUCUCCUCUCCUGCUUCCUGAAACGUCUGCAGUGUCUGAGCAGCCAAACAUUAAGUUUAUAACAUCUUUAGGAAACCUGCGGUGCGACAGCAGCACAAAUGAGAUCCAGCACAGGCUUCUCUCUGUCUCGGGAAAAGGGGAGAAAGCGGAAUAUGCUUCUGUAAUCGCAGACUCCUGUAAUCCACUCCCGCACGCCUCCUCCGCCCAGAUGAACUCUGACAGCGGGGCCAUUUACAACUGCAGGCCUUCCUCCCCUCCCGUGUGCUCCCAGAUUUUUUGAGCGCAGGAGGGACGGGAGGAAGGCUCAAGGGUAUCUGUGAUCUAAUCAUUACACCAUCUCCUCACCUCGGCGACCCCGCUGCAUCCAUCUCUCUGUCGGCUCCCCUCUCCCUCGCUCUGCCUCACCUUGUCACUUCUCUGCUCUCUCUCUCCCCCCCUCUUUCUCUCCCCAUCUAUCUUUCAUCCAAUCUCUGUCUUCUCCGUUUCUCUCUGUAUUCUGUCCCUCACCCCGAUGCUCUGUGGGCUGUAACUGCUGUAUGUUGGGAGGAGGAGAUUCAGUGUUAUCAGGAGAGGAGGGAGAGAGGCGGUCUGAUUCUCUAUACACAAACCCCCGCGAAAUGAGGACUAGUUUCAUUGUACCUCAAAUUAAUAGACAGAGAAAAAUGAUGGCAAUUAGAGAAUGAAUUAGGAUUGGCUCUCACCACUGCUGUCUCCUCGUAUCCAGUGUGUGCACAGAUUACGUCCAUAUGCGCAGGCACACACGGUGUACGUGCGGAAAUACAUUCUGACAGGAUUCAGGGCCGGGCAAGUCUGAGCCCUGCGGGGGGUUAAGGCUGCAAUCUCCUCUACCAACACGCGAGGAUGAUUCUGUAGUAACCUGAACAGAAACAUAAUAGUAAUCCAUGUAUGAAGAAAAUAUGUCGUAUAAUACGUCUUUCUUUCUGGGCUGAAAAUCCUUUCUGGAUCCGAGAAAUCAUUGAUACCCCCCCACCAUCUCUCUGUGGUCUUUUGCUCACUCUCGACUGAAGUUUGCAUUCACUGUGUCCGUGUUCUGUUAUCCCCAUGAAGCCAAAGAUGUAUGUAUGUACUUCCUGUACGCUCCAUGUGAUGUCUCAUUACCACGGUACCUGACCGCUGUGGCCUAACUAUAACUGUGCAAUCUUGACUGUGUAGCAUUACCGUGUAUUGUUGCUGUAUUAUACUGUAAAAAUAUGUACAUAGCACAUAAUAAAGAUAUACAUUGCUUCUUC